AUGCACAAGACCCCGCACCCCGCCUGCCCGGUCCCAGCCCUGGGCCUGCGGGCUGGAGGCGCCCGGCCGCCCGGGCAGGGAGCGCCUUUCCUAGCGUCCCUCCAACUCGGCGCCCUGCUCGCUCUGUGUCGGGGCCGUCAAGCCGCUUUCCCCACAAAUGUGGUCUUUGCAAAGAGCAAAGGAAAGUGGCGCCGGUUUCUGGCCGCUAAAGCCGGAGCGAGCGUGGCCGCCGAGCCGCAAAACCCGCAGCCGGCUCCCGGGCCCCGCGUCGCUCCCGGGGGAGGCCCCAGAGGAGCGCCAGCCCGGGCGGGACAGCGGCGGGUGCGGGUCAGGAGCCGGGCUGGCCCGCAGAGGCCGCGGGGACCGGCACCGCGGGGAGCUCACCGCGAGGCUGGAGGCCGUGUCUGCGGCGCACGAGGAGCCAAGGCGAUCGAGGAGCGCUCUGUGGCGGCGGCGAACGCUGCUGGAGAGGUGCCUGCCCUGGAGGAGUCACGACCCAUGCUUGGAGACACAUGCCUGGACUUGGCAAGUCAAAAGUGUGGCCAGCGCAGCCCAGAGGCCGGAGCAGAUCCGGGUCACCCUGGGGCUCAAAAAUUAUGCUGGCUGCGCCCCCAGCCAGGUCUAGCAGCGGGCUCUGCCCCCAAGGCCCACUCCUUCCCCUCUGUUCCUGGACCCCCAAGCUCCUCCUGCGCCCGGGGCUCCCCACUCCCGCUCUGCCUGGGCCUUUCUCGUCCCGGUUUCCCGGCUCUGGCUCUGAGCUGGCCGCUCCCCCCUCCCUGGGACCAAGCCCAGCAUUUUACAAACCCAGCUCCAUUCUCCAAGGGUCCCCUGAGCACCCCUCCCUCACUCUGCAGGGCACUGUACAAGGACGAGGACGCUCACCCUUCCUCCCAUACUCCCCAAGUCCCAGAGCCGCCCCCGACCCCAGAGCUCCCCUGCAAGGCCCUCGAUGCUGCAGAGACCGCAGGGAACCCGCUCUGCCCGCACCUGAGCCCUCCAGCGAGAAGACCCUGGAGCCCACGCGUGACUCUGAAUACAAAUCUGUGCUUGGGAGGCCCACAUCCGCCUGUGCCUGAAACCCCUGCCCAGAGCCUGGCCCAGAACCGCACCAGUGACACUUCUGCCCUGCCCCGGGGUGCCCCAGACACUCACCUCUCCGGCUGUGGCUGUGGCUGGGACUGUCUGCUGGCCUCAGUUCUGAGAGCGUUGGGGUCCCCUGAGCCACAGGCCACAGCAGCUCACCUCGGGACUGGGGUCUCUGGCCGCUCUGGCCUGCUGGGGCUCAGGCUGGGGGGCGGGCUGCCCAGGGGGCUGCGCCACAGGGGACGAAGGGCUCUGGGGCCAGGGGCUGGAGUCUACCUCCUCCCACACAAGCUCAGCAGUGAUUCUUCGGCCCCUGGAGAAAACCAAAAAGGUGUUCCUGAGAUGCUCCCUGUCAAAACCAAACAGCCCCCCACCCGAGCCAGCGCCCUGGUCCCCUCUCCCUCCCCAGGCUGCCUGCGGGUCUCCUGGCCAGGGCCUGAGCACGUCCUCCCCCCCUGCCUCUCUGCUCCUGGCUCUCCCUGUCUCAAAGCACAAGGGAGAGAGUGUCAAGAAGUUCACCCAGAAAGGGCUUCUCAGCAGCCAGGGCUGAGACAGCUGCUGGAGGGGCAGGAGACCCUCCUGCUGGGUGGCCAUGAGGUGCACACGGUGGCCUGCCUUGAAGGGGCACAGCACGAAAUAUGAAAGUCUGUCCCUCCACCUCCCGACGCUCGCCCUUGUGUGGGAGCAGGGAGGGCCCCCUGCAAACCCCACAGGAUAGGCAGCCCAGGACUGAGAAGGCUGUCGAGUGGGGUGCAGCUGGCUCCUUUGGGAAAUGAGCCCCUCCCCACAAACACCACCCUGGGUGGGUGGAGGAGUCUGGGGUCCAGGGUGCGAAAGAAACUUCAUGCAAGAUGCAUGUAGUCCCGGCGGAGCUGCUGUGCCCCAGCUCUUCUUGGAGCGUGGCUGGCGGGAGAGCCAGGCGCGCUGUCAGCAGGAGGGAAGCCCUACUUUUUGAGACCCUGCUGGGGACGUCAAGCACAUUGUACCUCAUGGUCCUCCUCCUCACUCUCCUUUCCAA